CUCCUCCUUCGUCUGGGAACAUGGCCAGCAAGAAAGUGAUUGCCGUGUUUGGAGCAACAGGUGCUCAGGGGGGCUCUGUGGCCAGGGCCCUUUUGGAUGCCAAACAUUUUGCAGUGAGGGCAUUGACCAGAGAUGUGACUAAACCCAGUGCCCUGGCACUCAAGGACCUUGGUGCUGAGGUGAUGAAAUGUGAUCUGGACAACAAAGUGUCUUUAGUGACUGCCUUAAAAGGUGUCUAUGGAGCCUUCCUGGUGACCAACUUUUGGGAGCAUCUUAGCCAAGAGAAGGAAGUACGUCAGGGGAAGCUGGUGGCAGACCUCAGCAAACACCUGGGUCUGAAGCAUGUGGUGUUCAGCGGCCUGGAGAAUGUAAAGAAGCUAACCGGGUGCCAAUUGGCUGUGCCACACUUUGAUGGUAAAGGAGAGGUGGAGGAGUACUUCUGGUCCAUUGGUGUCCCCAUGACCAGUGUCCGUGUGGGUGCUUACUAUGAGAACUUUUCCAACUGGUGGAAACCUGUGAAAGCCUCUGAUGGAGAUUACUACACCUUGGAGCUGCCCAUGGGGGAUGUUCCAAUUGAUAGCAUCUCUGUUGCUGAUGCUGGAGUCGUCAUCUCUAACAUCUUUAAUUCUCCAGAGGAGUUCAUAGGCAAGGCUGUGGGCCUCAGUGCAGAAGCACUAACAAUGCAGCAAUAUGCUGACAUUUUAUCCAAGAGUUUGGGGAAAGAUAUCCGAGAUGCAAAGAUGACCCCAGAAGCUUAUGAGAAGUUGAACUUUCGGGGGGCAAAGGAAUUGGCAGAUAUGUGUCGUUUCUUCCAGAAGAAACCAGAUCGUGAUAUCAAGCUCACCCACCAACUAUAUCCUAAAAUCAGAAGCUUCCAACAGUUUGUGUCAGAGAACCUGGAAGCCUUUAAGGACAUUUAGGAAGUCAGCUGUUUAUGUUGGGUUUCUACAUGUUGUCUCCUACCCUAUUCCUCUCCAUCUCCACACAACAGUGAGGUUGGAAUACCACCAUUUACAACCUCCUCUUGGUAGGAAGCACUGCACUAGCAGCCUGGGAGUGUGAUUUGAUUCAAGCAUCUUUUCAGCCAGUGAUAUGUUCAUCUGUUAGGGGACAGGAGAAGCCCCAAACUCAUGUCACCCUUUGUAGUCCUCUCUCUUUCCGCAGCCAGUGACUCAUCACUUCCCAAAGGUCUGGCUAGAGGAUGCUGGAGCUCCUUCCUAACACAACAUGAGCCCACUCAGCUUCUCAUGCAGGAGUCAGCUCAAGACCCAGGGAGCUCCUUUCCCUCUAGUCCAUUAUAAAAUCCUCAGUGACCUUGUCAUUUGAACCUCUAAAAAUAAACAUUGCUGUGGAGAUUA